UUUAUUUUCGUUGUUCCGUGUUCGUAGAUUUAAUAAAAUAUAUAAAUUAUCAAAUAACAUGUUCGAAAGUUAUUUUGUUUCGCCAUGAGUGCAAAGAGAGUGAAUUAUGUAUCACAUUUGUUAUUAAAAUAUAUUUAGUGAUUCAUAUUUAAGAUUAGUAUUAUGACAAGUCGAUAUUAAAUCACUUUUAUGUUUGUGAUUGUGUAUUACUUUGAUAAUGAUUGGUUAGGAUUAAUGUGGCAUGGCACUUGUAACAAUUCGUCGUACUCCGAGUGUGCAAACACCAAAGAAAACGGAUGAGGAAGAAAAAUCAACUGAAGCUUCCGAAGACGAUGCUGGGAAUCUUACCAGCAAGAGUCUCAAUGAGUGCUACUUCGCUAACAAGGGCGCGGCACUGGUGCUGGGCAGUGCGGAGCAGGGCUGCACGGACCGCAAGCGCUCGCCAGCGCGGCCGCAUCCUCAGCAGGACAUUCACAACCACCUACAGUCUAUGUUUUAUUUGGUGCGCUCGGAGGAGACGCUCAAAAUGGCGGUGAAAUUGGAGAGCGCUCAUCCAGGGCGGACGCGGUACUUGGUAGUGGUUUGUCGUGGUGACGAAGCAGCGCUGUUGGGUAUAGACUGCAACGAGCGGACGACGGUUGGGCUUGUUCUGCGAGUCCUGGCGGACACGUCUAUAAAACUUGACGGCGAUGGGGGGUUUAGUGUGUGCGUGUGCAACCAACAACAUAUAUUCAAGCCAGUGUCUGUGCAAGCCAUGUGGUCGGCGUUACAAACGCUGCACCGGGCGAGCGCGCGCGCCCGCUCGCUCAACCAUUUUGCGGGCGGCGCGUCGCACGCAUGGUGCGCGCACUACGACCGGUGCGUCGGCUCCGACCGCUCCUGCCUCAACGAGUGGCACGCCAUGGACUGCCUCGAGUCGCGCCGCCCGCCCUCGCCGGACUCGCUCAGGCUCAAGCCGCGUGAGAGAGACGAAACGGAGUGCGUAAUAAGAUGUACGCUGAAAGAGAUUAUGAUGAGCGUAGAUCUCGACGAAGUGACGAGCAAAGCGAUACGCGGCCGCCUCGAAGACGAACUCGACAUGGACUUAGCCGAGUUCAAGUCCUUCAUAGACCAAGAAAUGCUCACGAUAUUGGGCCAAAUGGAUGCGCCUACGGAGAUAUUCGAUCAUGUUUAUCUCGGCUCCGAAUGGAAUGCAAGUAACUUUGAGGAAUUGCAAAGAAAUGGAGUUAGACAUAUACUCAAUGUGACAAGAGAAAUAGACAAUUUUUUCCCAGGUAUGUUUGAUUACCUAAAUAUUAGAGUUUAUGACGACGAAAAGACUGAUCUUCUAAAGCACUGGGAUAAUACUUUUAAAUAUAUAAAUAAAGCCAGGAAUGAGGGCUCGAAAGUUCUCGUGCACUGUAAAAUGGGAAUCAGCAGGUCCGCCUCCGUCGUGAUAGCCUACGCAAUGAAAGCUUUCAACUGGAACUUCGACAAGGCUCUCAGACACGUCAAAGCGAAAAGAAGCUGUAUAAAACCGAACAAUAACUUUUUAAACCAACUCGAGACUUAUCAAGGCAUAUUGGACGCCAUGAAGAAUAAAGAAAAGUUGCAGCGGUCGAAAUCGGAGACAAAUUUAAAAGCACCAAAGUCGUCGUCCAAAUUAGAAAACAAAAUAAUGGAUCCCACACCUCUAGUUUUGGCUCUGACAGGCUCGUACACGGGCCGGCCGAGGUCCUGGUCGCCCGACUCGAAGCUAGCUGGAGAGCUUCUGCCGCCCACCUCCGUGUCGCUCGAGAACCUGGCCUCCGAGACGCGCCACAUGCUCAUGCCGUGCGCCGGCGGCAGCUACAGCGUGUCGCCCAACCAGAUCAUGCGCCUCAAGGAGCAGGGCGCGCUGAGCGUGCGCGUGCUCGUGCACGAGAUCGAGCGCCGCGAGCCGCCGCGCCGCCUGGCGCGCCUCAACUUCGGCGCGGACGCGUCGCCGCUACGCGUGCUCCAGAAGUGCCCGCAGACCGACGCGGAUGGCGACAAGAUUCACACGUGGGACCCCGGGGAGCCGCCAUGGCCGCGGGGCGAGGACAUGCGGAACGCUAUCGACAGUGACGAUAUAGUGAAAAGUGAUAGUGGUAUGAUUGACGUGAAAUUAAAAACUUGUGACGUUUCCUGCAAUCCGUUGGAAAGUAACGCGGACUCGGAGCGGCGCGGUGACGACGAGGCGCCGCCGCCAAGUAGGCAGAGCUCCUGGAGUUCUUUCGACAGCGCGGUGGUGCCCGAUCUGUCGCGACACUCUUCGUGGGGCUCGGGAGACACGCGCGCUGCGCGUCCUCCGCCCGCACCCCGCGACGAGCCUGCACUAGACCUCGGCGUCAUCCGGGAACUGGCCGAGCGACCGCGCCCGCCGCCCGACAUCGCCGCCAACGAACGCAAGUUCAACGAGACCUGUGCCAUACUCGAGGAGCUAGCGCGCAUGGAGAGCGCACGGGACCGCGGCGCCUCCACGUGGGGCGGGCGUCUAUCCGCUUCUGCGCCUGCUGACACGUGGCUGCGCGUAGGGCCACGUCGUCGCCGGCUCGCCGCAGCUUCGCACGGUGACCUGCCGCGCGCCGCGCCCGCGCCCCGCCCGCAGCCCGUCGGCCUCGUUAGUAACCUCAAGAAGGAGUUCGAGGCGCGUUCCGAGCCCGAGCCGCCGCGCCCUUCCGUAUUGCGUGCCCGCCCACCGGCCUCGCCCCCUGCACCCACGCCUCCCCCACAGCCCGCUGAAGAUCUAUCGGUGCGAGUGCUGGUGGACCGGUACGACCAGCCGGGCCGCACGCGCUCCGAGUCGGGUGGCGAGCCCAGCCGGCCUAAAGCGCCGCACGAGUCGAUGUCAAAGAAGUGCAAGCUGACGGCUGAGGGGGAGAGCCGCGCGCGCGUACGCAAUUCGUACUGCGGCCCGGCGGGCGAGCGGCCUCCGGCGGUGCCUACCGUAGUUGCGCUCGCUCCUCUCGACUACUCAAAUAUGGUGGUUUCAACUGUGAUGUCGAAAGCUCAAAAUAAAAACAAUUGCAGCAUGGGAAAACCCAUCCGUUGACGAGGCUCAACUUGAACCGGUCGAAUAAUAGAUGUUCGAAUCCUGUGUAUAAUACUAUGUAGUAGUUAUGGUCUAAGAGCUGGUGGGACAUUUUAAAACAGCUUUUUUCAAGUACCUCUUUAAAAUUUUCUACCGGCUCUCUGGCCAUUAGUAUUGUUUUAUUUAUUAUGAAUUCUUGCCAAACUGGAUAUUUUAUCUAUCUAGAGUUUUAUAUACUAUUUACAAAAUGAAAUCACAGUGUAUUUGUCUAUCACAGUAAAUGUAUAUAAACGCCUGUUUGUGAGUAGAGACUUUUAUAAUGA